GGAGGACGAGCCACUUUUACCACUUAUGGGCCUGUUAUUAGUGGCCCAAGACGAGACGGAUGUCGGAUCAUGCGAUUUGGCUGUUGCAAUCCAUAGACACCACCGAGCGAGCAUCUUCUUCUUCUUCUUCGCUAACCGGAGUAAUCGUAAGCAGCUUCGACUGGUGAAAAUGUGUUACUCUCUCUCUAUACAAUCUUCAAUUGACUUCCAUAAUCGAAACGCUCUAAAAAUCCAUGGAGAUCGAGCAAUUUUGACUUCGAACUUACCUACACUCAGGAGGAUUCCGUUUUUGCCGGAGCGAGAUCGCCGGAGAAAGUUGGUCCUCUGUACCGGGAGAGUCGUAAACUCAUUGAAAUUCACCGGAAACACUUCCGUCGAUCUAUGUGGUAUUCCUCGUCAUCGAUUAAGAGUUUCUUGCAGCGAUGCUCGCCGUACACCGGAAGAAACGGCGGCGGAGUUGACGGCGCAACCCAAUUUUUCAGAAUUUAUAACGUCGGAGAGAGUCAAAGUGGUUGCGAUGCUCGCGCUUGCUUUGGCGCUAUGCAAUGCGGAUCGUGUUGUGAUGUCCGUUGCGAUUGUUCCUCUUUCGCUUUCUCGUGGAUGGAGCAAAUCAUUUUCCGGUAUCGUUCAGUCAUCGUUUCUAUGGGGAUACUUAAUUUCUCCAAUUGCUGGUGGAACUUUGGUGGACCGUUAUGGUGGUAAAGUAGUCAUGGCGUGGGGUGUGGCUUUGUGGUCGUUGGCAACUUUUCUUACCCCUUGGGCGGCUGAUAGUUCUUUGUGGGCUCUUCUUGCUGCAAGAGCGAUGGUUGGGGUUGCUGAAGGAGUGGCUCUUCCUUGUAUGAACAACAUGGUUGCGAGAUGGUUUCCCCCAACAGAACGUUCUAGGGCGGUUGGUAUUGCAAUGGCAGGGUUUCAGCUUGGGAAUGUUGUAGGACUCAUGUUGUCUCCUAUUCUUAUGUCUCAAGGAGGUAUAUAUGGCCCAUUUGUAAUUUUUGGACUAUCGGGGUUCCUUUGGUUGCUCGUGUGGCUCUCUGCAACGUCAAGUGCACCAGAUCGACAUCCUCAGAUUACAAAGUCUGAACUUGAGUAUAUAAAGCAAAAGAAGCAAAUAUCUACUAUGGAGAACAAACGAAUUAGCACAAGUGGAAUACCUCCUUUUGGACGCCUUCUCUCCAAGAUGCCGACUUGGGCUGUUAUAGUUGCAAAUUCCAUGCAUAGCUGGGGUUUCUUUGUGAUUCUUUCAUGGAUGCCCAUAUACUUCAAUUCAGUAUAUCAUGUGAACCUCAAACAAGCUGCUUGGUUUAGUGCCGUUCCAUGGAGUAUGAUGGCUUUCACAGGAUACAUUGCUGGUUUUUGGUCGGAUUUGUUGAUACGGCGUGGUACAAGCAUCACCUUAACGCGAAAAAUCAUGCAGUCCAUUGGUUUCAUUGGUCCUGGAAUUGCUCUCAUUGGUCUAACGACGGCAAAACAACCUUUAGUGGCAUCAGCCUGGCUUAGUUUAGCCGUUGGGCUUAAAUCAUUCAGCCAUUUGGGGUUUCUUAUUAAUCUUCAGGAAAUUGCUCCCGAAUAUUCCGGUGUUCUACAUGGAAUGUGUCUUACUGCUGGGACAUUAGCUGCGAUAGUUGGCACAGUUGGAGCUGGUUUCUUUGUAGAACUAUUGGGCUCCUUCCAGGGAUUCAUCCUUCUUACAGCAAUAUUGUAUCUCCUUUCUGCUCUCUUUUACAACAUAUACGCAACUGGAGAAAGAGUAGAUUUUGACACAACAGCUUGAAGGUGACCACAAAGUCACUUAAUAGGUGGAUCAGCUAGUAAAGAAGUUGCAACUCUAUAUAGAAUCAGCUUUUGCUCUCCAAGUAAAUACCAGGAACAAGACCUCGGCUUUGUACAGAAACUAGAAUUUCUUCGUCUCGAUGGUUCUCUCCUUGAUAAAUAAAUGAAAAAAUGUAGCAAGUUAUCUAUGUUCAAUGUCGUGAAUCGCCUUAGAGAAGAUAAUGAAAACAAUGUUGACGUAGUAUUUGUUUGUUAUACGGUUCAAUGGUAUAGAGACACGAAGACUUUCAUCAAAUAUUGUAAUAGUUUUAGACUGAAAAACAGAUUAAGGGCGGGCACAGAAGCAGAGAAAAGUGAAGUUACAGGUGCAGAUCCGUGAUUUGGGACCUUGAGGUUCUCGCACUUCUCUACCUCGUGAUUUGCAUACACACGUGUUCGUGCACCUCAGUCCUGGUAAUAAUUUCCCACUCUAGUCCUCUCAUUACCGUAUUGAUACGUAAGCGAGCCACUACGUUUGGCUUUUUACUCAAAUUGGUUACCUUUUUAAUUCCUUUCGUUGCCAAAAGUUCAAUUAAAUUCCUUACAAAUUACUUAUUUUCUUUUGAUGAAUGUCCACAUUGCGGUUACCAAUAUUUAUUUCUAAUUAAAUUCUUAGAAAAUGAUCAAUGGUCCCAAAAUACGAAAACAAUGGUGUUC